GGCUGCAGCCAUGGAAAACCCUAAACUGAACCUAAAGCUCAUCAUCAAUCCAAAGGCUAACAGAGUCUUAUUUGCAGAGACUGAUAAAGAUUUUGUUGAUUUCCUGCGCAGCCUUUUUUCUUUGCCUUUAGGUAUUGCUAUCAAUCUUCUCAAAGACGCUCCACCGUUUUCCUCCAUACAAACUCUAUACAAGAGUGUUCAAAAUCUGAAAGAUUGUUACAUGCAGCAGCCUAACCACAAAUAUAAGGAUCUGUCUGAUGCAGAUCCACAACAAGUGACAUCCUGUAAGAACACAAGGUGCACGAAGUGUGGACAUGUCAUGGAUAAUCCAGCGACUGUGAAGGGAGAUAUUAAAUACAUGGUGAUGGAUGAUUUGAGUGUGUCGCCAAUAAUCUCCAUAGAAUCUUGUUUUGAUAUAUUAAGAAAAUUGAAUGCCAGCGACGUUGCUGCUCUUCAGACAAGGGUUGUUGAGGUUGAUGCUAUUGAGGUUGUGGAGUUGUUGAAGGCUUCUCUUGAGUCGAAGGAAGUUCUCACAAAUGUGUUCCUACUUUCUAGUAAAAUGAAGCACAAGAACCCGAGAUUGACAGGGACUGAGCUAGAGCCGACAAUAAAAAGGUUUAAUAUCUGCUCACUUCGCCACCGUUAUGUGACUGACCAGAUAUUCACCAGGUGUCCGCCCUGCUUCUCCUGUAAUAUGGAUAAUGAAGUGAAGUUUAUAGGAUGCUUGACCUAAUUCUAUUGAGGGAGGUGCUGUAAAAUAUCAUUAUUUCACUUUCCAGUUAAUCAAUGAACAAACAACUGAAUAUUAUUAUAGGGAGAACUAAUGUUCCUAAUUAUUCUUAAUAUAUUGGGUUAAAAUA